GUGCAGGUGUGAUGGACGCGCGGCCUCUCAUCUGCCUCGCUGCAGUGUUUAUUUUGGUGUCAGGUGUUUUUGGAGACUGCAGAAGAAAUCAGUGGCAGUGUGAUGAUGGUGUAUGUGUUCCACACAGAUGGCGUUGUGAUGGUGUCAGUGACUGCCAGGAUGGGUCUGAUGAGAUGGACUGUUCUUGUCCUCCAGGAGAUUAUGAGUGUGCGGAUGGUUCUGGGUGUGUUAUCGGAUCGGGGGUUUGCGACGGACGGCCCCAAUGUACUGAUGGUGGAGAUGAGGUGGAUUGUGACCAGAGGUUAGGCUGCCUCUCCAGUGACUGGAAAUGUAGGAACAAGAUCUGUAUCCCACGAAACCUUCUCUGCAAUGGAGUCAAUAAUUGUGCCGAUAAUUCUGAUGAAGAAUCCUGUGAUACCUGUGGAAAGAUGAACAUCCGCUGCCCUGAUGGAAUAUGUUUAACCCAGAGAGAGAUGUGUGAUGGAGUUGCUCAGUGCUCCGAUAGGAAGGAUGAGCCCCAUACCUGUGGGAAAAGUUGUCAGAAAGCAAAUGGUGGCUGCAGUCAUACUUGUGUGGACCAGACUUGGGGAGCAUUGUGCACUUGUCCCAGUGGAUUGGCCCUCUCUGCAAAUGGGCUUGAUUGUGAAGAUGUGGAUGAAUGUUCCAAGUCUUAUGGGCCAUGUAUGCAUUUAUGUACAAACACACCUGGGUCUUUUCGUUGUCUGUGUCAGAAUGGUUUCAAAUCUCUUGGCAAUGGAUCUUGUGAUGCUCAGGAAACCACAACAAAGAUUUUGACCACCAGAAAGGGGCUAAUUGGGCUUGUGAAUGUCAAGACGAGAGUAUAUGAGCCCCUUCUUUCAAGUGAGAGCAAUCCCAUAGCCCUGACCUACGAUAUUCAAAGGAAUCUCAUUUAUUGGGCCAGUAACAAUGGGAAUAUCUACAAGGCUUACAACCGGAAGAGCACCAUUCUUUAUUCAGGGCUGCCUGGUUUGAAGAGUCUAGCCAUUGACUGGCUUACUGGGCAGCUAUAUUGGACGAGUAUUACCCAAAAAGUCAUUUAUACAGGUGCAGCUGAUGGUAGCGCUGCAGCUGUAGUCAUAUCCAAGGACGUAAACCCAAGUGAUAUUGUUCUCAACCCAAUUGAAAGUUUCAUAUUUUGGAUCAAUAAAGGAAUGAAUGAAAAGGUUACCAUUGAGAGAGCAGCAAUGGAUGGUUCAAAUCGGACAACACUAGUUUUCAUUACAGCAGAGUUGCCAAAAUGUCUUUCAUUGGAUGUGGCAGCUCGACGUCUGUAUUGGAUCAGUGAUUUCAAAAGGUCAAUUGAGAGCAUCAGGACAGAUGGUACUGGACGCUACACAUUUUGGGAUUUUUUGGAAAGUCCAGCUCAGAGCUUGGCUGUAUUUAAUGGCUGGUUCUACUUGGCGGAUGAAAAGAGAAUCUGGCAAGUCCCUCAAAAUCUGCCCUCUGCAAAAAAUAAUGGCUUCCUCUUAAAAACCUCAAUUCCUGUCCUGACCGUCUACCAUGAACUUCAACAGCCCCAAGGUUUUUCACAAUGUAAAAAGUCGGGCUGCAAGCUAUGUUUGCCCUCCAAGGAAAGUCCUGUUGGAUUCACCUGUUUGUGUCCUGAAGGAACAUUGCCCAUGCCUUAUGGAUCUUGUGAAAGUUUUAAGGUUGCCUAUGCAACAGCCUCAGCCAUUUACCAUCUGGAGUUUAUAGGAAAGACCCCCAUCAAAACUGAACUCUUAACAACAGAUGAAGACGUUCAGGCUUUUGACAUGCAUUGGAAACGGGGAUGUGUGGUUUGGUCCAAUGGAACGGGUCAUGUGAAGGCUAACAAGGUUUCUCAGGACUUGUCCGAGUACAUUCUUACUUUAAAACCUGCUUGCAUUGUGCGAGUUGACCAGAAGACUGGGAAUCUGUACUGGCUGUCCUGUGAUGAGCUAACCAUUGGUGUUUCAACUAUUGGCCCCCUUCAUCAAAGUAUUUCCAGACCGUUAUAUCAAGCCAGAACUGCAAUCCUUGACCUCUUCGUGGACUGGCAGAGAGGAAAGCUCUAUUGGCUAGAAGGAAAUCAAGUCCUGAGAAUGAGGCUAGGUUUGAUUGGUGGAAGUGCUGAAGUUGUCUUCAGCUUUGAAGUAAAUGGUUUUGACCGCGUCGUAUUCGACAGAAAAGCAAACGGCUUCCUUUGGAACAUCGAGUCUUGUGCGUGUGACCUUUUGCCUGACAUAGCGAAGUGUACAGGAUAA